CCAGGGCAUGGAUGGUCUCUGGCAAACGCUUACUCUAUGAUAUAAGUCAAUAGUUUACUAUGACCUAACCUAAUCUAGUUAACCUCAAAUUGAUGUUAUCGAAAUAGUAUAACAAUAUAUUACCAAAUACAAUGAGCUCAUUACGCACGUGUGCUAGAGCAGCAAUUCGCAUACAAAAAUUAACCUCGGUCAUCUACACAGGUGAACGAGGUAUAAAACGAUGGGUUGCACCAACACUACGUGUAAUCAACAAGCGAAAGGCCAAAUUAGGACCACAGCCUGAGCCGCGGCGAAGUAAUUUCCUUGAUUGGAAUUAUAACGCAGAAAUAUUUGCAUUUAACAAAAGGUUGUCCGAAAAUUUUGAUGUCGAACUAUUGCAACAAGCUUUUACUCAUAGGUCUUACGUUGCACAAGAGGAACAGAAGCAGAGAGAGGUUGGCAUUGAAAAUCCAGAAUUAAGCAUCAAGGAUAACACUGAUCUCAUAGUAGAAGGAAAAUGCUUAACAUCGGAAAUAGUUGAGCGUUAUUUAAGACAAGCUCUGCCAAGACUUCCGGAAGAAGGCAUUUUGAAACUGAAGGAUUAUCUUUUAAGCGAGGAGAUUGUGGCUAAGGUUUCUGUACAGAUUGGAACUAAAGAUAUUAUAUUAAGCGAGGACCAUCCUGUGCGGCAGGAAACCUUAGUGAAUACGUUCUUUGCAUUAGUAGCAGCAUUAGCUCGCAGCAAUGACGUAGUUCACACAAGCUUUUUUGUGCGUGACUUUUUGAUAGCUACGCUUUCUGAUAAAGAAAUAUUGUCAAUCUGGACUCCUAGCCAUCCGUUUCAAACACUAGAUGCUAUUCUGAAUAGAGAAAAAAGAGGUUCUGCAGAUUUUCGUCUCACUGCUCAAACUGGAGUAAACACAAUUCUAGCUGCUUACCAAGUUGCAGUUUAUUCUGAUCAGCAGUUUCUCGGUAUAGGUACCGGCGAAACUGUACAAGUGGCAAAAAAUAUUGCAGCACUUGACGCUCUGCAGCGAAUGUUCGGAAUAGCUGAUUUCAGCCGGCCAAUCCCGUUCAAUUUAACAGUGGAUGUAUCAUCUCAGAGAACUGAGAAUCUACCACUCACGAAAUGGUGUACCGAAAAUUUGAAGCAUACAGUCGGAGGUUGAGUUGUAGUUUACGAAAUCUUAUUGUAAGCAACGCUCAUAUAACUGUGUAAAUCUUAUUUUAGACGAUUAAAUAUUCAAUAAGCCAACUCGUACGUACAUGCCAGACGAACACAUAUACUUGUUCAAGAGAUUACAUUUUUCACGGUAUACAAACGGCGUGCGAAUUGUAAUUCGUUGUAGAUAAUAAAAGUAUGUUUCAAAAAAUA